CAACCAAACCUGGAGAAGGAGAGGAGAGCUGCAGCGACACUUCUCUCUUUUAAGUUUGACACAAAGACAUCGGCUGGUGAUGUCUGGAGACAGGAUGCCCAGCUGCCCUGCCACCGCGUCCAAGGGCUUCAGCUCGACCCCUGUCAAGACGAGCCUGGGGAGAGACAUCCACGCAUCUAAGGGCUUGGACGACGGCAUCCUGUCCGACGACGAGGACACGUUUUCCCUGCUUUCGCCCAUCUAUCAUGACAGCUUUGACAGUGACCAAGAAGAUCUGGAGUCCGUCUCAGCUGAGCAGACUUCAGCCAGGAGGAGAGACGACUCCAGACUCAGCACGUCACCAGUCAGAUGUGAGCUACCAAAAGCACCUUCAGAGCAGAUGUUCAGUCCAGCUGUGCAGCCUGCAGACGCGUCUUCGCUCAGUGCAUGGGAAGCGUGGCUUAUGAACAAAGCUAAAGAGGACUGUCUGAAACUGGUGAAGAAAGCAGAAGAGGAGCGCUCACUCAAAGAAAAAAGCAAAAAACAAGAAAGAGAGCGGAAACAGAAAAAGAUUAUCAUGGAUGUAAAGGUCCAAGAUUGGCUAAAAAUGAAAAGAGAACAGGAGAGGCACGAGCAAAGUGUAAAACACAGUAAAGAAGAGGAGGAGAUGCAGAGGCAGCGGGAGAAACGGAGGGAGACUGAAGAGAAAGCUCAGCAAAAGUACAAAGACUGGCUGCAGAAAAAGAACCAAGAAAAAACUGAGAAGGAAAAGAAAGAAAAGGAGGAAGCUGCCCUGAAGGAGGAGCAGGAGAAGGAGCGCCGCAGGAGGGGAGAGGAGAAGUUUAAGGAGUGGCUGACAAAGGCCAAUGAGAGAAGCAGAUCCAGUCCCAGAUCACCCUGCAAUGCAACAAGUCCCUACGACAAAUCAUACCCAUCACCCAGCUUCUACAACCCCAUCCCCUGGAAGCCGAUUCACGUCCCUCCUCCAGAACCUUCACUGAACAAGACGUCUGGCAAGAAGCCUCAGAAACAGAGAAAAAGCCAGCAGAGCCCCGGCGCCGCUUUUAGACUGAGGAACACUGCGAGCGCGUCACAUUUGCUGCAGAGGAGAUGACACAGCGGGCUGUCGUCUAUGACUGAUACGGUAGCUUAGUUACGGCUCAAAUAUGAUUUGGCCACGACUCAUCCAAACCAGUGCAGCUCCUCAGCCGAGUGUCUGCUGAGUCACACAUGGAUUCCUGUUCUCCAGAAUAGUGGCUUUGGUCUGUUUUGUUGUAAUAAUGCAUUAGCUCAGAUUAGUUUGUGCAUAAAGACGUCUGAAUGUUCUGGGUUUGGAAUUUUGAGAUGAUUUUACAGAGAUGAUGUUGUGACGCUGAUGUAGCUUUCCUACCAAUAUAAUGUCUCGCAUACAUUUAAAAGCCUAGAGUAUGAUCUAUUUUGUAAUUUUCUGUAAAUUCUAUUUUUUAUUUGGAUAAAAGAGGCCUCGCCAAAGCUCCUCUAA